AUGUCCAAAUGGGCACAAGCGACAAUCAAAUACGAAACAUCCUACUCAAUUCCUGAUGUCGCCGGUCUUGCGACUGGUCGCACCUGGUCAAUAAGCGACAUGGCCGCGCCCAUGAGCAGCGGGUCCUGGAAGUGCGAUGGGAUGCUAAUCGCACCCUGCAGCGUGAAGACCCUGGCUGCUAUCCGGGCCGGAUACGCUGAGGACUUAAUCUCUCGCUCAGCGGACUUGGGCGUAAUUAUUUUCCCCGCCGUACCGGCCUUCUAUGCCCGGCCGAAAGGGUUGGACGACGUUGUGAACCACAGCGUGGCAAGGAUAAUGGACUGUUUUGGGAUUGACCCGGAAGGAUUGAUGCCAGAGGAGGGGAGGUGGCACGGAUUUCGGAAAUAG